AUGUCGCAGGUAAAAACGCCGAUGACCAGAUCAGCAACCAAGGCUGCAUCUGAAGCCGCGAAGCAGAAGCAGCAACUAGUCGACAACGCAACCAGCUGGGAGAUCAAUGCCGACGCAGAGACGCUAAAGGAAGUAUCGUCGCUGUCCCGUCAACGUGAUCAGGUAAGCCUCAAGCUAGCACGAGUGCAAAGGGCACUUGCCACUUCCAAGCAUGAGGUGAGCCUCCCGCAACUCAAGACAUUCCUGAAGAAGGUGGAUGACGCGUACGCCGAAUUCAGUACAAUUCAUACGAAGCUGGUUGCCGUUAUCCCGGAUGAAGCUUUCCGACAGCAGGAGGAGAUUUACAUCACUUUCGAAGAACGAUACGACUACGUCCGCACAGUCAUCGAGGAGCUCAUGUUAGCACACGAGACGAACACCACCAAGGCUCAAACUCUGCAACCUCAGGUGAUCCUGCAGCAACAGCCAUUGAAGGUCCCGAUCCCCACUUUCGAUGGAUCGUACGCCAGCUGGCCAAAGUUUAAGGCUAUAUUCCAGGACCUGAUGGCUGGCUCGGGAGAUUCCGACGCCAUCAAGCUUUAUCACCUUGAUAAAGCGCUUGUUGGUGAAGCAGCUGGAGUUCUUGAUGCCAAGGUGAUGAGCGAAGGGAACUACCAGCAAGCAUGGGCUAUCCUCAGCGAAAGAUACGAAAACAAAAGGAUCAUCGUGGAGACCCACAUCCGUGGACUGUUCGACAUCCAGAAAAUGGCUUCUGGAUCCUGUAAGGAGCUGCGACGACUUCACGAUGAAUGUGUCCACCAUGUCGAGAGCCUGAAGUACCUCGAGCAGGAGUUCCAGGGUAUCUCUGACUUGUUCCUGGUCCACAUUAUAGCUUCUGCGAUGGAUCAAGCGACUAGGAUGGCUUGGGAGUCCACCCAAAAGAAAGGUAAGUUGCCUUCGUACGCACAGACCAUAUCGUUCCUCCAGACAAGGUGCCAGAUGCUGGAAAAUUGCGAAAUGGCUUUUCCAACCAACACCGAGCAUUCAGCGAAACCUAGUUCAAGAAGAGAAGGUUCUACGAACGAAUCCACCGUAAAAAUCUUCGCCACUACAUCCGAGCCGAGGAAAGACAUUUGCGACUUCUGCCAAGGCCUACAUCGCAACUACCAGUGCAACAUGAUUAGUGCUAUGCCGUUCGACAAGAGGAUCGAGAAAGUGCGAGCUUCUGGCGUGUGCUUCAACUGUCUCCGCAAGGGGCACAGCGUCAGAGAUUGCUCGUCAGCAAAAUCGUGCCAGAAAUGCCAGAAGCGUCAUCACACUCAACUCCACAACGAAGAGGUUGAACAAGUGUCAAGCCCCAACGUCCCAGUACCAGCACCAGAGACUCGCCAUGCAAUCGCCGAAAGUAUCGAAUCUACUGCAACAUCCUCCAGAGAAUCAUCGAACAUUCCGUUUUCUUGCAACUUUGCCGAUUCUACGAAGACUGUGUUCCUGCUAACAGCAGUUGUGAACGUAUUGGACGCAAACAACCAACCACAUCCCUGCCGCGUGCUGCUAGACAGUGGAUCCCAAGUGAACUUUGUCACAGCGAACUUUGCGAGUCGCAUUGGAAGUACGAAACACCGUGUUAACAUCCCUAUCAGAGGAAUCAACGAUGUACAGACCACUGCCUACGACAAGGUAGUGGUGAAAUUCCGAUCCCGUGUCUCCGACUACGAAGCACAGGUGCAGUGUCUUGUAACCCCAAGCGUAACAGGAAUCAUCCCAGCAUCAAGAAUCGAUGUUUCAUCUUGGAGUAUUCCCUUCGGUGUUCAACUCGCCGACCCCGAGUUCUACAAACCGGAGAAGAUCGAUAUGUUGCUUGGUGCUGAACUGUUUUUGAAAUUGCUACGCCCAGGUUACAUCAAACUUGAUGAUGAUUUUCCCGAGUUACGUGAAACUACACUAGGAUGGGUAGUAGCCGGAGCAUUCAAGGAAAGACCCAUCUCCAAGCGUGUUCAGCAUUCGCACAUAGCAUUGGUGGACCACAACGAGAAGAUCAACCAGCGUUUUCGCAGCACCCAGGAGUUAUCCGGUCCAAGUUCAACAUCCAGUAUCCCACAGAAUGGGAGAUACUGCCGAGGAAUGCGAGAGGAUAAUCUAAAUCAAUCAACGCGUCGUGUCAUGUACCGCCCUACGAGAUCGACUGCCAAUGUUCCAGUGCUUUGCUGUAGUGCGUGGACGGUGCCAGAUCAACAACGUCAUUUCCCGUCCUCAGCUAACUUUUCAACGAUGGAUGAUCCAAUCAUGAUGUAUCAACGACCACAACUUGCACGUUGCACGUAA